AAAAUAUGCAUUUUCGAGGAUUUGAAAUUGAGGUAUUAGUAAAUGAUGUGUUACUUGAUGAAUACUGUGGACCUAGAGAUAGUGUACCGUAUAGAUAUACCAGUCCAAAUUGGGUUGAUAAUGAAAAAACUAGGGUACGAAAUGAAAGAACCGUACCUACCUACUUCACUGUUAGAGUUUCAUCUACGGAUACUACAUAUAAACGACCGCUUCGAGUAUUAAUAAAAAUUGAUGGAAUUUUACCACCAAAUUAUCCACCAAUCGACCUCUACGGGGUUGAGAAAAAACAACAAAGCUAUGUAGUAAAUAAUAAUCCUCAGUUAGUUGGUGCAAUAUCUGCAUACUUUUAUCAAGGAGUGGAUUCUACAAUUUCUGCGCAUGUGAAAUCUAGUUUUCCGGUUGCUUUGUUGCAUUUACAUUAUCGGUCGGUUGAUGAGUUGAGGCGGUGGGGGUUUAGUGUCCCGAUAGAUACUAAACAGGAAAGUAGUGAUAACGAUGAAAAGUAG